UCAACAAGAAGAAGAACAACAACAAGAAUAGCAAAAGCCCUCUCAUCCUGGCCACCAUGGAAUUUCUUGAAAGAACUUAUCUUGUGAAUGACAAAGCCACCAAGAUGUAUGCCUUCACACUAGACAGUGUGGAACUCCAGCGGAAGACCUUGAAUAAAGAUCAAUGUCCUGGAGAGAAGCCAGGGGAGCUGGAGUCAGGAGCCAUCUAUCACUGCCAUGGCAACUCCAAGGCCACAGAGAACAGGGCAAAUGAGCAACAACACGCCAAGUGGAAACUCUGUGCUGCUUCGGGAAUAUGCUUUGUGUUCAUGAUCGCAGAGGUUGUGGGUGGCCACAUUGCUGGAAGUCUUGCUGUUGUCACAGAUGCUGCCCACCUCCUCGUUGACCUGACCAGUUUCCUGCUCAGCCUCUUCUCCUUGUGGUUGUCCUCCAAGCCCCCCUCCAAGCGGCUGACAUUUGGAUGGCACCGAGCAGAGAUCCUUGGUGCUCUGCUAUCCAUCCUAUGCAUCUGGGUGGUGACCGGUGUGUUGGUGUACCUGGCGUGUGAGCGCCUGCUGCACCCUGAUUACCAGAUCCAGGCAACCAUGAUGAUCAUCGUUUCGGGCUGUGCAGUGGCAGCCAACAUUGUACUAAGUGUGAUUUUGCACCAGAGAUGCCCUGGCCAUAAUCACAAGGAAGGGCAAGCUAACGCCAGCGUGAGAGCAGCGUUUGUGCAUGCCCUUGGAGAUCUAUUUCAGAGCAUCAGUGUGUUAACCAGUGCACUUGUUAUCUACUUUAAGCCAGAAUAUAAAAUGGCUGACCCAAUCUGUACAUUUGUCUUUUCUAUCCUGGUUUUGGCCAGCACCAUCACUGUCUUAAAGGACUUCUCCAUCUUACUCAUGGAAGGUGUGCCAAAGAGCCUGAACUACAACACUAUGAAAGAGCUCAUGUUAGCAGUGGAUGGGGUGGUGUCUGUGCACAGCUUGCACGUCUGGUCUCUAACGAUGAACCAAGUGAUUGUCUCCGCUCAUGUUGCUGCAGCAGCCAGCCGGGACAGCCAGCUCAUUCGGAGAGAGAUUGCUAAAGCCCUUAGUAAUAGCUUCCCUGUGCACUCACUCACCAUUCAGACGGAAUCUCCAGCCGAACAGGACCCUGGCUGCCUUUUCUGUGAAGACCCCCAGAACUAGUUCAGUCACACCGUCAGCUUCCUGAGUUCGAUGGGCCACUGCAUGCUAUUCUGCAGUUUCUGGAACCUAAGAAAUAAGAAACCGAAGGAAGAAGUCUGAGAAAUUCAUGAUAUGGUACAAUGCACAUUUUUAUCCUUCUUUAUUUACCUCCAUCCACCAUGAACGAAGAUGCAUUUUGAUUCAUCCAUCCACUGGAUUAGCAACUCAUCAGCAGCUGUGUUCAAUUAUAGGAAUGUGUGUAUAGGUCACUCCCGACAGGGGCUGAAAUAACAGCUGUUUGUAAACACAAUAAAAAUCCCAUCACCCUUCAAUAGUGCAGCCCAAGGUUGAGUGGGUAAAGAUGAACUCAGGAAAUUCUGAUCAGGAAUCAGUGGCAAAGAAAAGAGUCACAAAAUUCUCCCCAAACCUGAAAGGUGAAAAUAAGAAGAGCUAAGUCAGGGGUAAAAAGAAUCUGGAGGCAUCACACCCCAUUAGAACUUGACUUACUGACCAAGAUGUAAUAGGAUUUAGGGUAGUAACUUUUGACUCCCUAUCAACAUUGCUGUUCACUAAAUGGAGAAAUGUCCUGUCUCUAUCUUGCAUACAAAUUAUGUUGUAAUAAGUCUGAAACUAUUGAAUUAUAGUUUAUGUCUCUGUAUAAAGUCAUGGACAAAGGAAAA